GAAAUAGUUCUAGCCCGACAACUUCACGUCGCACGACUCGCACGACUGUCAACGGAGGUUUCGAAAAUGCUCUGGGAGACGCGCGCCGAUUUCGUUGUCCUGUGCGUGUGACUCGGGCCCGGUUGCGGAAGAGUCGCGGAAUCAUGUGGCCGAUGCGGCCGGAGAUGACUCGCGACGAGUGCAGGAAGUGCCUACGAUGCCUCGAAUUAGACGCUUAUGGAAGUAUGGUCUCUGUCCUACGAGCUCAAGGCCCUUUCACCAACGAAAAACAAAAAUUGUUGCAAGAACUUGCUAAAGUAUUACAUAUCUCCAAUGAAAGACAUCGUGCCGAAGUACGGAGAGCUGUGAACGACGAGAAGCUUGCAACAAUUGCAGAACAACUUAACGGUCCAAAUACUGGUAUAGAUUGGACUUUGGAAGGUCGUCGAACUGUUCCUCUUUUGCCAAGAUUAAAAGCGCGGUCUGCAUUUACGACAUUAGCGAAUAGCCUGUCUCUUACCACUGCAAUUGCAAACCAGAAGAAACCUAAUAGAUGUAAUACUAUUAGACAAUCUGGAAAUCCAACAGUGUUAACAGCUGCUGAAACUGAAUCUCAUCCUAACUUAAAAAUGGAAGAAGACUCUAUUGAUACAAAACUAAAUUGCUUUGAAAAUGAGUUCAACAGCAAUACAUCACAAGAGAAUUCAAAUUUGAUCGAAGAUGAGAGGAUAGAUAAUAAAGAUGUGGUGCUUGAUAAAGUUAGUGAGAAACCCAAGGAAUUUUCUCGAAAGCGCAAAUCUCCUUCCCCAUUGCCGACAGCGCCACCGAAUAAAGUUCUAGUAGUAUCUGAACCGCCAAACCAUAUUUUGCGGACUUCCGAUAUUAAGCAAGCAUCGCAAGUAUUACAAGUAACCAAGCGUAAAAAUUUUGCGUUAAUUACGGUUACUGAUAACGAGAUCUCAGAUUCUAAAGAGAGCACAACAGUGUCAGGACAUUCGAGUGAGUGCACCGCAGCUCCAUUAAACAAACCUGUAAUUGCUACAACUUCUAUGUGUACAAACAACGCCAGCAAUCCUAAGACAGUAGUAAGCACUGAGCCGAAUAAAAUUAGUACAAAAGUAGUGCCGGCAGUACCAAGCUGUGUUUUGAGCAUAAACAAAGUGCAUUCAAAUAAAGACACACAACCUCAAGAUAGCACAAUCUCUUUUACUGUUGCAGAUGGUACACAGACAACGCAGGUAUCUGACAAUACUAGCUCAAAUCCAUCAUCUGUGAAGAGCUCUGUGACGUCAGUUAUACAAAGUACUAGAUUAUCAAGUCCUUCACUUACACAAGCGAUGCCUGUGUAUCCUGGAACCACUGUAUCAAGCGGUCCUGGCCCACCUCAAGUUAAACAAGUAGCGUUAAUGUGCAAGAAACUGCCAUCCGAACAAAUUGCAAACUUUGAUCAUCAAUCCACUGCCAAAACGGUAAAUGGUAUUUUUCCCAAGAAAGUUGUAAAUAUGCCUCAUUAUACUAACACUAAAUUAAAUAAGACUAAUGUGAUCGUUAUUCAGAAGGCAAAAGCCGUAACAUUAUCACACGCAGGCAAGGAAGUGCUAGGGAAAGUAAUAAUGGAAGGAAAGAAUCUAUGCGUUACGAGCCAACCUAAUGUAAACUCGAUUAACAUUCAACCCCAUCAUAUCUCUCUGAACAAUGGAGAUCAAAUAAAGACUACGUUGCCGACUGUAAACUUGUCGCAGAAUGCAGAAUCUGUCAAAUCGAAUAUAAAGUCUGGAAAAACAACGGUUGUAUCUGUGGUCACACGUUUACGGCACGACGUUCCGGAGAACAAGCUUUUCGAUUCGCCGGCCAUUCUUAAUGUUGACUCUAAGACUGUAAACGCGACUAUAAAUUUGCCAAAGGAAGAGUGCAACAGCGACAAAAAUAUGAUCGAUCUGAUACGAUCACCGAUAUCGCUGAAAACAGAUUCCUCCAUAUCGGAAGAAAACCAACAUAGGAAAAACGACGAUAUUAACGCGAGUGUGAAUUCUCAAAUCUUGUAUCUAGAAUCCUCAAAAUCAUUGGGAAUAAAGGACUGUCAAGUCAAGUUUCCGUUAGAAAUCAAGGACAUACCUGUCAAGCAAGUGAACGAUAAAGAUACGAACGUUGAAGACGUUAACGCGAGUAUUAAUUCUCAAGUCGUGUACCUAGAAUCCUCAAAAUCGUUAGGAAUCAAGGAAUGUCAGUUCAAGUUUCCGUUAGAAAUCAGCAAGGAUAUACCCGUCAACCAAAUGCACGAUAAAGACGCGACCGUUGAAGACGAUGUUCGAAUAGAAAAAUUCGAAAACGAAAACGUGAAUACAUUUGACGCGUCACUAGAAUCCACAAAUAAGAAUUCGCAGAGCUUCCUAGCGGACAACGACGAGAAUCACGAUUUAGAGAAGUCGUCGAGGUCAAUGGUGAUCGUAAAGGUGGACGAGCACGACGACUCGUAACAACUAAAGAUCUCGCGUUACGCGUGUGGUAAUCGUCAUUACACGACGGCAAGGCUGAUACUUUCAUUUCGAAAGCGUACUGAUGUAUUUAUCAUGUAUAAGUAUAUACGCGUAUGUUUCUAUUUAUAUAUAUGUACGUCUAUUUUAAUGAGGUUUAUAUACAUAUGUCUCGGAAGAUUUCGACGAUCUCGGAAGGAUUGAAAAUGCCUGAUGCCAAUCUUUUCAUUAUUACGUAAUUAUACAGAAUGAAUAAGAUAAUUUGAUCAUUUGUAAAAAAUAAGCUUCUGACAUUUAAACAUAUUAAUUAAUAUUAGUACUGUAUAUAAGUGCCAAAUUAUACAAUCUGCCAUUAAUUUAUACUUUUGUAAAGAAAUAUGUUCAUUCAAUUUUUCGUAAUCCCAGGUUUGCAGUGUAAAUUCCUUCGUCAGCUUUUAAUUCCGCUACUAUUUCCCGAUAGAAAAGAAGCGAGCCGAAAAUUCCAUUUGCAUUUAGCGCUAAGUAUAACUGUAUUAUUACUGAUUAUAUUAUCAUUAUGUGAUUCUUUGAAUGUAUAAUAUAUUCGUUAUGAAAUGUAGGGCAGUUAUAUUUAACGCUAAAUGCAGUUUUUCAAUUCGAAAAUUUGUAUUUUCAUUGCAUAUUUAGCAAUUUUGCUAUUUAGUUUUAAAUUGAUAAAUUAUUAAAUCAAUGCAAUUACUAUAAAUUUUACACGUUACACGGCAAAAGGAAAAAUAACUGGAUGUGUCAAAUUACAUGCGCACUCGAAAAAAACAUUUUGUACUUUUGUUUGUAAAUAUUUUUGUAAAUGUGAUAUUAUGAUGUUAAGUAUCUAGAAAUUUGGUUUUGUGAAUCUGUCACUUGCUCAUAUUACUGUUGCAGCGGCGUUGUAAAUAUUUUGUAAAUGUCCGACGUACUCACUCUGAGAAAGAACGUUGAGCGGAUAUAUACUUUCCUCCGCCCUAUCGCCAUUAAUGAAUUGCGAAUGUUAAUAAAAGUUCAGUGAUAGAAUUAGUUAUCAAUAGCGAAAGAGAGAAGUAUCAUUUUUUGCUAUUUUUUAAUAAAACUCGCUCAUAUAGAGCAACAGUUUGUUCUCACCUAAGAGAGCGUAACAAGAAAAAAAGCUAUAUUUUUUGUAAGCGAAAUGACACUGCCCUUCGAAUCGCAAUAUCGUGAUAUUCUAUUACUUAGACUUUACUGUAUUUUAUGCAGUAUUUCCGCCAAGUUGCAGGAUACUUUCGCCUAAAUUCUUAUUGUACGAAUUUCUAAGCUAAUCUUCACCAAUAUGUAAAUUGAGAUAAUUACAUUCUCUCAGUUGAGUAUAUACUCGGCAUAUACUGAGUGUCUCAGAUUUCUCGUGUCACGAGACGCGGUAACGUUUCGCGCCAAAUAUAUCUAGAAAUAUAGCAGUCGGAAAAGACAUUACAGCGUAAUUCUUUACCGGAAUGACGGACUUUUUCAAAGCGUAAUUUAAUAUUUACUUUCGCAUAAGCGAUUUUAAAAAAAUGUUAAAGCGAACGAUUUAAUUCCUUGCCUUAUUAACAGCGAAUGGUACAGCUUACAAGCCAAACAUAAAAACGCGAAUCAGAUUCGUGGUAUAUGUAUGUAUGUACAUACAUUCUACGGCCCAAACAUAAAAAACACAAGAGUUGAACUCGUGUUAUAAAUUAUUUUAGACCGUCAGACAUAUUAAUAAAAUUAUAUCUUAUAUCUACAUUUAUAUUUACAAGCUCUCUUAUAUAUAUAAAUAAUCACAUAUAAUUAUUAUUGAAGAUUCAUGUUUCAUAAGAUAAUGCUUGAAAGUUUCUUAUUACGGUAUCAUGAUAUCAUUGAUCUUCCAGCAAAAAAGAGCGUAUUACCAGACACUUGAUUGGCCCAGCAUGCGAACGAUCUUGUUCCUAACUACGAAAUGGACGGUCACAAAUUUAGAUCAUAAGGCAAGGGAUUACUUAAUCAGUUUUUCAAAAUUGUUUUUCGUUAAUUUUUAGUUAACUUAUAAAGCGAGUCUUAUUUUAACAAUUUUAAUGUAAGAUUUUGUUACCGAAUCAAUAUUGUUUAUAUUAAGAAAUUAUAAAAAAAAAACCGCGCACGUACAUCAUUCUCUCAAUGGCAAUACUCCACAGAUUUCUAUAUACUAUAGAUUUCUAUUUCUAUAGAAAUCUGUGCAAUACUCUCAUUUAGAAGUAAAAUUUGUAGAUGACAACUAAUGCAAUAAAUCAGAGAUACUUUGUUCUGUAUAUAAUGAUACUAGUGCAAAUUGUGUACAGAUACAAACAAUAUUUAUAGCUAAUUGCGAAAAAAUAAAAAUGUUUAAACGUGA